CUUCAACUCAUCUUCUCAUCAUGGCAAAGGUAUUGCUUUUAGUCGCUGCUGGGCUUUGCGCAGUUGUAGCCGAGCCUCCCGUGAAUACUUACCUUCCCGCAGCCACAGGUGUCGGCUUAGGAAGAAGUAUCGGGGGACCUUCCUCUACCUAUGGAGCUCCAAGUACAGGAAUCUCUGGCGCACCAUCCUCACAAUACGGUGCCCCUUCAUCACAAUACGGAGCCCCGUCUUCCCAAUAUGGUGCUCCAUCUUCCCAAUAUGGUGCUCCAUCUUCCCAAUAUGGUGCUCCAUCUUCCCAAUAUGGUGUACCAUCUUCCCAAUACGGAACACCUUCAUCACAAUAUGGCGCUCCAUCUGCCCGUUACGGAACUCCAUCCUCCGGUUUCGGUGGACGCACUCCCACUGGAGUAUAUGGUGCUCCAAGUGCUCGAACUGGAGCUCCAUCAAGCCAAUAUGGUGCCCCAAGGUUUAGUGCAGGAUCUCCAUCUUCCCAGUACGGAGCUCCUAGCGGUGGAUCUUACAAUGCUCCAUCUUCAUCCUACGGAACUCCCUCUUCCAGAGUACCAUCUUCCUCUUAUGGCACACCUUCAACUCAAUAUGGAGCACCAGGAUCAAGAACUCCUUCUGGUCUUUAUGGAACUCCAGGUAGGUUCACCGGAAUUUCUAGCGAUGCUGUUGUCACUAAUGCUGCUGAUGGUGGUCAGGGAGGAUAUGGACAAUCUGGAAUUGGAGGAGGAUACGGCUCAGGUGGAUAUGGACAAGGAGGAUACAAGAAUGGAGCUGGUUAUGAUGAUCAAUCCGUACCAGCUAAAUACGAUUUCAACUACGAAGUGAACGCCCCAGAAUACAAUGUUGAAUUUGGCCACCAAGAAUCUCGUGAUGGUGACGACACCCGAGGAUCCUACCAUGUCCUUCUUCCCGACGGCAGGAGACAACUUGUUGAAUACGUUGCCGAUCUUGAAGGAUACAAGCCCAAGGUAAGCUACCAAGACACAGGAGCAGCAUACGGUGCUGGUGCAGGUGGUUACAGCGGUUCUGCUGGAGGUUAUGGCAGCGGCUCAGCCGGUGGAUACAGCGGAUCAGCUGCUGGUGGUUACAGCGGAUCAGCUGCUGGUGGAUACAGCGGAUCAGCUGCUGGUGGAUACAGCGGAUCAGCUGCUGGUGGUUACAGCGGAUCAGCUGCUGGCGGAUACAGCGGAUCAGCUGCAGGCGGAUACAGUGGAUCCGCUGCAGGCUACAGUGCUGGCGGCAGCUCUGCGGCAGGUGGCUACUAUGCAGGAAGCUCAGGAACUGGCAGCGGACCUUACUAAAAUCUUAGGCAACUAACAACUUGUGUAUUUAUUUUUUUAUAAUUUAAUUUUUGCAAAUAAAUAAUUUUUUUACAAAAAAGGAUCAAAUUGUUUUUAUUUUCAUAUUCUUAAGACGCUCUUUGCUUUGAUUAAUGUGUAUAUACGAUAAACAUAAACGUAUGUAC